GGCUACCCCACCCCGCAGUGGCUAGGUCAGCUGUAUCAGCCCUGCCCUCCAACUCCAGAACACCACCUGCCUGACCUAAACCGCGUCAUGUUGCUGCCCCUCCUGGGCGCCUGUGCUGUCGUGGGCCCGUUCUGGGGUCCCGAGUGGGAGCCAGUGCGGGGCCUGCUCUCUGAAGAUCGCAGCUGCAGGGACCCUCGGUGCUGUGGUAACCUGCUUGUCCUCUGCCUCUUUCUGAUCUGGCAGGUCCGGCACUACUGGCAUCAGGUCACCAGGACCCACCACAGCGUGAGGAAGUUCCUCAAGGUGCCACCACAGAAGUGGGCAGUGCCCUCCAUGAGACAUGACACUUGUUUCAGGCUGGCCCCUAAAUUCUUUCUCAGUCCUGGCAAGUUCAGGGGCUUGGAUGCUCAUGCCCGACAAUGGGCCCAAAGUAAGAGCAGGGAAUACUGGAGGAGCCUCGAGGAAUCAUGGACCCAACAUCUGCUCUCUUGUCAGCGCCCAUGUCAAGGUGUACUGUGGGAUGCCUACACCUCUUCUGAUCGUAUCUUUUGCACCACCUCCUUUUCCAGCACCAGUAUGCUACCUCGGGACAGUUCUUGGGAAGUAUGGCAGGUACCCUGGUGUUGUAGUGAUGAUCAGACUGACCUCAUUUGUAGGCCACGGCCCCCUGCCUUGGACAGGUGCCAAAGGAUGGAGCAGCUGUUGGUCCAUCCCCAGGAAGAACUGGCACCACUGGAGUAUAUUGUCAACAUGAGAUGCCACCCCACCUCCAUGACCCCUGUCCCAAACCUCCCUUCAGCUCAGAGCUUGCCGUUCUGUUCCAGAGAGUUCCUAGCAGUUCCUUCCAACCAACAAGUGGGAAUGCCCACUUGGAAAUCCUGGGGCUGCCCACAUGAGGUCUGCGCACCAGGAACGGAAAACCUGACAUUAAGUAGAGAGGCCAGUAGAGAGACCCAGGCUCCAGGGUGCGCAAACCAGAAAGAGAGCAGAGGGGAUAAUGCUUGGGAAAUUCAGGCACCUGGAAGGCAACUGCCAAUAAACUUUGGGAUGGAGGACAUGGCAGAGAGUAAGGUCCUGGACUGGGGCAGCCAGAGACUAGUAAUAAGUAAGGCUGUUGGAGAGAUCUUGACACCAUGGUGGGAGAACCAGGACCAGGUGCAAGUUGAAAGUAGGGUUGAAAUUCAAGAACUAUGGAAGAGAAGUCCGGGGGAGACUGGAGGUGAGAAUCUUCCUGAAACCCAGGUGUGUAGAGGAGAGAAAGUAGAACAGUUAAGAUGUAAAAUUGAUGCAGAGACCCAAACACCAAUGUGGGAAACUCAGGAUAGGAAAAGGGAUAAGGAUGCUAUAGAGACCCAGUCUUUUGAGAACAAGAAGGAGGCCAGAGGAGAGGAUGAAGAAAAGAAUGAGGCCCAAGUGUUGAGGAAGCAAGGCCAAACUGGAAGUGAGGAUGGUGAGGAUACCCAGCUCCCAGGGUGGGGAAAACAAGACCAGAUUACAGGUGAUACUAGUACAGAAAUUCAGGCAGAAGAGAGGAGAAAAGAAGACCAGGGUGGAGGUGAGAAUGCUGUGCAAAUCCAGAUAUCUGGGAAGGAGAACUUGGGAGAAGUGAAAAAUGAGGAUGGCAUAAAGACCCAGGCCCUGGGGUGGGGAAAGCAGGAAUGGGUUCAAAAUGAGAAUGUUACAGAGAUCCAGACACCAGGGUGGGAGAAGCGGGAUCAAGAUGGAAGUGAGAAAGCUGGGAAGAUCCAAGUAUGUAGGGCAGAGAUCCAGAAACAACUAAGACAUGAACUUCAAGUGGGGUGGAGUAAUCAAGGCAUAAAAAGAGGUGACGAUGCUGGGGAAAGUCAGAUAUCUAGAAGGAACAACCUCAGGGAGAUAAGAGAGGAGGAUUGGGUGGUGAUCCGGGCACAAUGUUGGGGAGACCAGAAACCAGUAGCAAGUGAAACUGACAGAGAAUUUAAGACACCAUGUUGGGGGAGUGAGGACCAGAUUGGAGGUGAGCAUAGAGCAGAAAUCCAGGCACUGGAGAAGAGAGACCAGGGAAAGGACAGAGAUGAUGAUACAAACACCCUGGCCCCAGAGGCAGAGAACCAGAGACAAAUAAGAGGUGUAACUUGGGCAGAGACUCAUCCAUCAGGGAUGAGGAACCAGGAGCAGUUUGGAGAUGAGACUAGAACAGAUAUCCAGGCAACGGGGAAGAAAAACCUGGGAGAGGUUAAAGGUGAAGAUAGUAAGGAGACUCAGGAACUUAGGGAAGAAAACCAGUACCAGUUAAACAGUGAAAUUAAUGGAAAUAUUCACAUACCAAAGUGGAAGAAUCAGGAACAUAUUAGAAGCAAGGAUGGUAAAAAUACCCAGGCAUCUGAGGCAGAGAACUGGGGAGAAUUAGCAAGUAAAAUUGAUGUGGAAACUAAUUCAGCACAAUGGAAGAAAGAGGAGCAGGUUGGAGGUGAGAAUGGUGCAGAAAUUCAAGCUCCAGAAAAGAGAAACCAGAGAGAAGCUGGAGGUGAGGAUGGUAUAGAGACCUGGACACCUGGAGAAGAGAACCAGAGUCAGUUAAGAGAUGACACUGAUGAAAAGACUCAUUUGUCAGACAGGAAGAACCACCAGCAGAUGGGAGGUGAGAAUGAAACAGAAAUUCAGACACCAGAGAAGACAGACCAGAGAGAACCUGGAGGUGAGGAUGAUGUAGAAACCCAGAGACUUGAGAGAGAGAAUGAAGGACAAUUAGAUGGUGAAACUGGAUUGAGCCACCCACCAGGGGGAAGGAACUGGGAGCAGACUAGAGGAAUGGACAACCCAGAAGAUCCAACAAUGGAGAAGAAAAGCCAGAGAGAGGUUGGAAGCAAGAGUGGUAGAAAUAUUCAGAGACUUGGGGGAGGGAAGCAGACACUGUUAAAAAGCAAGGUUAAUGAAAACUCAUGCCCACCAGAGUGGAAAAACCAGGAGCAGACUGGAGGUGAGAAUGGUGCAGAAAUUCAAAUACAAGGGAAGAGUAACCUGAGAGGGAUCACAGGUGAUGAUGGUAAAGAGACCCAGGCUCAUGGUGGAGAAUAUCAGGGAGAGUUAAGAAGUGAAACCGAUGAGGAGAUCCAGAUACAAGGGCAAGGAAACCAGAGCAAGUGUGAAGAGGAUGCUGCAGAAAUCGGGGAUGUAGGAAGCCAGAGAAAGUGCAGAGCUGAGGAUGCUGGAAGUCUUCGAGUGCCAAGGCAAGGAAACAAAGGCCAGGUCAGAGGAAAGGAUGCUGCUGAAUGCCCUCUCCGAGUUGACUGUUUUGGGGGUGAAGGGCCCCCAGCCCUCACUGGUUCUGACUAUGGGGCCAUGGAUCAGGAACAGGCUAUGACUGCUGCUCCCCAUCCUGAGAUGAAGGCUCUCCCCGACCAGAGCGAACUCUUUCUGCUUGCCAGUGGAGAGGGGGAGCAUUUGGCUGGCCAGAGCACGGCCACUACUGCGAAGCCCAGAGUCGAUGUCGUCCCAGCUUCCCGGCAAGCCAGACCUAAACCCCAGAGAAGCCGACAGAGGGACAGAAGAGUGGAUCCAGGGAAGACCAAUGACCGGACUGGACAGCUCCGGAACCCACACUCUUUGGCUGCUCCCCUGAGCUUGCCCUCUGCCUGCCCCUCUGUCUCAUGUGGCCACGCCCCGCCAGCCGCCACAGCUCCAUUGGGUGGUCCCACUGCCCUCACUGUCCUGCCCAAGUGGCCAGUCCUCAAGAAGAGUCAGCGACAGCUCCUGGAGUCCCUUAUGCGGCGGAAGAUCGCCCACCUGAAGUGGGGCCUCCCGCAGCGGAUCCUAGAGUCCUACUUGCACUUUAAUGUCUUAGGACCACGCCCACUGCCUCUUGCUGGGCAGAGGCUCCCUGGGUUGCACAUGGCCUGUGAGUUGCAGGGGCAGCAGGAAAGUGAGGCCCAGGGCUCCAGGCCAGGCCUUAAGUCCCAGAAGGUUCGGCCCCCCGAAGGGAAAAGCUCAAAACCUGCUACACAGGCCAGAGCCCUGGAGAAGCCUAGACCGUGUGGGUCGGAGCCAAUAGGUGGUUCUAUCCCUCCUGUAAAGCCCAAGAGAGUUAGGCCACCAGGGGGCGCUAGAGAAUCGCAGGAUGUCCAGAAAGCGGCUCCUCCCAGGGUGGAGCUCACGGCUUCCAGAAACCGCAGGCCUGCUGCAGAAUCUAGCAGCUGGUGUGGCCAAGAAAGGGUCCAAGAAACUUCCAGUGAAAACAGCAGGGGGAGGAAGAUGGUCAGGCUGGGGAUCUCGCGGAUGGCAGAGAGGGCUUCCCGCAGAGUGAGGAUCUCAUACCCCAGGGCAGGCUAUGACCACUGGAGAAGGGAACACUCAUCUCAGAAGCCCCUCAGAGUCCAGGGUCAGCAGCUCUCACAGAGAAGAGGGAGCCUGGGACCUGAGGAACGCAGAGGGGCUGGGCAGCAGCCUUCCUCCUGUUCCACAGACACCUUCAGCUUCAAGAGGAGUCUCCACUCUGCUGCGGCAAGGCUGAGCAUGACCUUUUUGAACAAGAGCUCCCGGUCCCCACACUUGGCCAAGGCCCAGCACUCAGCCCCCAACCUGAGUGUGAGGGAUCCUGGUCCUACCCUGCUCCCCAGAGUGGGUGACCCACAUGCCAGGGAGGGCAACAUCAGAGUUCACACUCCUCUGAAGAGGGACCUUCAGCCACCAGGUCACUGCGGUGCUGGGGCUCCUCUUCUCAAGACAGAAGAACUGGAGGAAAUUGAGAACCCACAUGGGGCCCUAUGGAAUCCACCAGCCCCCAGAAAGUCUGGUUUCAUGAAAUAUUUGAGGGAUUUUCUGCUCCAGCAUGGCUUUAGGAAGUAGGCUGAGGGCACAGAGUCUUCAAAACACAUCCAGAGAAGGCAUGAGAGUGGCCUACUAACCCCUAAAGGGGAUGAUAAAAUAACCUCUAAUAAAAUUGGUUAUUUAAUCCC